AUGUGCGACAGCGACAGCACCACCCACUCGGACCCUUCCACCGAUUCCAGUAUUACUGCCAGCUGCUUGCCCUCAACGAAGGACGAAGAGUUCUGGUACUCCGACGGAACAGUUGUUCUAAUCGAGAGCAGCGGUAUCCUUGCUUUCAAAGUCUAUCACGGCCUUUUGGCACGCUCCUCUCACGUCUUCCGGGAGAUGCUCGCUUUUCCGGCACCUUCUACAGCUCCAUCCCUCCAUGGAGUCCCUGUCGUCCACCUGUCUGACUCGGCCCAGGAUCUGCGACAUCUGCUCCAGGUCGUUUUCAACAAGCCCAUGGUCACCCCUGCUCCCCAAUCCGUCUCCUUCGACCAUAUCUCCGCCGUCAUCCGCCUCGCGCACAAGUAUCAGAUGGACGACAUCCUUGAGGAAGCCCUUGCCGUUCUCAGAGGAUACUACACCACCCGCUACAUUUCCUGGACAGACCGCGCGGAUAACAUUCUCGCCGCGACCCCCUCGCACGCGAUCGACGCCGUGCUCCUCGCCCGCCUCACCGACGCCCACGCGCUCCUCCCCACCGCGCUCAUGCACUGCUCCGCGCUCGGCCCGCGCGUCGUCCACGGCCACACCCGUACGGACGGCACCGUCAUCCGCCUCGCCGACGCCGACGUCGUCCGUGCGCUCGACGGCCGCGCCGAGCUCCUCCGCCGCGACAGCCGCCGCCUCCGCGCGAUCACCCUCUACCUCGUCGGCGAGCACCCGGGCGUCCAGGGGUCGAGGCCGGACUUGUCGCGCGUGUGCUUCUCGCGGGAGCAGUGCAAGGCCGCCAUGAAGCACAUAUGGGAGGUGUUCUUCGGGAAGGAGUCGCGGUACGAGACCUCGGACCUCAGGCCGUGGGCGGAGGCGAUCCCAAGUUUGGUGAACGCCGCGGAGUUGUGGGCGCCGAGGCUCUGUCAGAUAUGCUCGCUGCGGUGGAGGAGUUGGGACGACGAGGUGAGGCUCACGCGUACGUGGAAGGAACUCCCCGAGAUCAUGGGGGUUGAGGUUGACGGCUGGCAGGAGGAUUGCACUUCGCUGAAUGAUCAUGAUACGGCCUAG